UUUAAACAUGACAUUCGACUACAUAAAUGAUGGAAAUUCAGUUGAAAAUUUACAUUAUACAAUAUGCCUUUCAAAAAUACUGCUCUCGGUGUUUUGUUUAUUAUCUACAAUAUUAUUUGUGGAAAUGGAGAACCACCACAAAAAAUUACUGGUGGAGCAUACACAGUAGAAGAUGAAUUUCCUUAUAUAGUUUCACUUCUUAAUGAUGGUUAUCAUUCUUGUGGUGGAGCUAUUAUAAGUCAACAACAUAUAUUAACAGCAGCACAUUGCGUUUAUAAAGCAAUCUAUCCUUACAGUAACUUAGUUGUUGUGUCGGGAACAAAAAGUUUAUUGCAGGGUGGAGAAAGGCACAGUAUAAGUAAAGUAACAGUUCAUCCUUUAUUUAUAAUGAGUAACCAGUAUUCUUUUCCUAAUGACAUUGCCGUUUUAAAGCUAUCUACGCCCAUAAUAUUUAAUGAACACCAAACAUUGAUACAAUUACCAAGCUAUAAUCCAAUUGAAGGAUCUCAAGGGAUAAUUGCUGGUUGGGGUUAUCGAUCAAAUUAUAAUAAACAAGCAUCUUUAUUUCUUAACAAAGUUAUUGUGGAAAUAAUGCAUUCAAGUACAUGUCAAAAGUACAUGGGAAAUCAAUUAUAUUACGAGCAAAUAUGUGGAAUUUAUUCUAGAGGACAAGGCACUUGUAAUGGUGACAGUGGUGGUCCUUUAGUAUCAAAUGGACAAGUUGUGGGUGUUGUAUCGUGGGGAAGUGAACUGUGUGGUGUUGGCAAUCCAGACAUCUAUACUAAUGUUUAUUCAUAUAUAAACUUUAUACGUCAACAAAUGAUAUAAAAUAGUUUAUAUUGUUGGAAAUUAUAAUAUAUGUUAUAUAAUUAAUAAUCAGUAAUUUAUUGACAAAAUUUUCAGUUAUAAGGCACAUGAAUAAAUAGAAAUUGUAAAUAAUCAGAAUAAUAAAAACUAUAUUAAAUUAUAUAUAAAA